CUCCUUGUCGAGGACCUACCCCAUUCCUCUGAGGAAACAGAGUCUCGCAGGAACAAAAGCAAACAACCUGGAGAUGUGGAGAAUAACUAUGUACGUCUUGGGACUUGGAUGCAAAGGGAGAUAACUUAUUUUAGUUUUCUUUUGUAAUUUUUUGUCCUAUUUGGAUUACGAUGAUAUUUUAAAAGAUCAAAGACCGGUUCUCGUGCUGUACACUUCUGUAAACUUAAUCCACCUGGAGUCGGGAUGCUUGGAUGGUACUACUCAACGACAGUGAUGGCUCGGAGUUGUGCUGUCGCCUGUCCAGCUUUGGACUAGAGGCCUGCUGAGUGUCAAGGGAGGAAGUCCCGUACAUAAAGACACGCUCACCGUCACACUACAUUGCCAUAAACUCCAGUCCUCUUCUGUGUCCGAAGCUGCAGAGUAGCUGUGCGAGAAAAUGGCAAGUCACAGAGACAUUCGCUUCCUGCACAACCUGUCCUAUCACCCGCGAUGGCAGCACGACUCAGAAAAAAUCAGGAGGAGAAGAAAACAUAAACGGACAGUGGUUUCAAACAGCUGCAGCGGGAGUAGAGUGUUUCACUCAUUAUCAGCAUCAUCGUCGAUGACAUCAAAGUUAUUGACAUCUAAACCACAGUUGCCAUCGUCCCGUUUGCGAUGCUCCAGGAGCAGGUGGGGGAACUGGUUUCUCCUGCCCUUACUCAUUGUCUCAUGUAUGCCCUGUCAAGCCUGGGCAACCACUUUCAAGGUGGCCUUGAUGGGACCCUGGACGUGUGAUCUAUUAUACUCUAAAGCGCUACCAGACUUGGCCGCCCGUCUCGCCACGAGCCGCAUAAACAAGGACCCCCACCUAAACAAAGGCUAUUGGUAUGACUACACGCUUAUCAAUGAGGAUUGCAAGUCAUCCCGUGCUCUUGCUCGCUUUGCCGAGCUGGAAAGUUAUGGUUCUGCUUUCCUGGGCCCCGCCAACCCAGCAUACUGCUCCUCCGCCGCUUUGUACACAAAAGAGUGGGACGUCGGGCUCCUUUCCUGGGCAUGCCUCAAGCCUACCAUGAAUAUCGGAGGCAUGUACCCCACCUUCCUACGGCCGCUGCCCCUGUCCUCCCGUGUACUUUUCACUGUGUUGAGGUACUUCCGGUGGGCCCAUGUGUCCAUAAUCUCGGAAGAGACAGACAUUUGGGAAGCCACAGGACAUGAGCUAGCUUCUUCGCUUAGGGCGCUUGGCCUGCCCGUCAACCCUGUUGUAACCAUGGAGACUGACAAGGAUGGGCCUCGCAUAGCCCUGACAAAAGUACGGGAAUCAGACCGGGUUAGAGUGAUCAUCAUGUGCAUGCCAUCUGUUCUCCUCGGUGGCCAAGCUCAGUACCAACUCCUGACCACAGCACUGUCCAUGCGUUUGAUCGACCGAGGCUAUGUUUUCAUCCCCUACGACGCCCUCCUGUAUGCGCUACCUUACAAAGAUGCAAACUACUACGCUCUCGGCAAUGACACCAAUCUGCGGAAAGCCUUCGAUGGGGUCCUCACCAUCACCAUGGACUCUGGAGAACGCAACUUCUACGAGGCCUUCAAAGAUGCUCAGAACAGCUAUGAAAUCCGCAGCAGCACACCACCAGAGGAGGUUUCUCCCUUCUUUGGCACCAUUUACAACAUGAUGUAUUACAUAGCAAUGGCUGCCGAGCAGGCGCGGGCCAAGGGGGGGCGCUGGGUAACUGGUCAGAUCCUGGGCGAAAGCGAGGGCGGCUUUGAAUUUGAAGGCUUCAAUCAGCGGUUGAGGGCUAGCAGGGGUGGAGAUGGCAUGCAGGCUCGCUACGUAGUGCUGGACUACAGUGGCAUCGGCACCUCGCUCUACUCUACCCAUUCUUUGGAAGCUGCUCACACAGACGGGUGGUCCGGGGGCCUAAAGUAUCUUGGUCGUUCCAUUCAUUUCGCUGGCAGCACGCCCUACACAGACUCAAGCUGCUGGUUUAGCCCAUAUUUUACCUGCACUGGAGGCCUGGAUUCCGUCUCUUUGUUUUUCCUCUUCCUCUUGUUCAUAAUACUGGCUGGCUUUGGAGUCAAGGCCUUCAUGCAAUUCAGGAAAACCGGCAGGAUUUCGUUCACAUUUGGCGGUGAUGGUAACGGCGGCCCGACCAAGACAGUUCUGACCCUGGACGACCUUGUCUUCAUCAACACUCAAAUCAGCAAAAGGAAGCUCAACGACGAAAGCAUCCUGAGGAGCACGCUAGACAUGAAGACGCCGCACUACUCGGUGUCGGGCCGCAGCUACCUGGCCUCAACGCCCGACAGCUCGAACAUUGCCGUGUUUGAGGGUGACUGGGUUUGGUUAAAGAAAUCUCCCAAUGGAUCAGUGUGCGGUGUCAACAGCAGCACCGAGAUUAUCUUUGUCAAGCUCAGAAACAUGAGGCACGAGAACCUAAAUCUGCUCCUGGGGCUGUUCUUCGACUGUGGCAUCUUCGGCAUUGUGACAGAGCACUGCUCCAGAGGAAGUCUGGAUGAGCUGCUCAACAACGAGGAAGUGCGUCUUGAUUGGAUGUUCAAAUCCUCCCUGUUGAUGGAUCUGAUCCGGGGAAUGAAGUAUCUGCACAAUCACGACAUCGCCCACGGACGGCUCAAAUCCCGUAACUGUGUGGUAGACGGGCGCUUUGUGUUGAAGGUGACAGAUUACGGGUACAAUGACAUCUUGAUUGCCCAAGGCAUCAACACUGACCAUGAAAAGCCAGAGGAGCUGCUCUGGACGGCUCCUGAGCUGCUGCGAAGUUCUAGUCGGAGGAGGAAGGGGACUUUCGCAGGAGAUGUCUACAGCUUUGCUAUCAUUGUGCAGGAGGUCAUCUCUCGCUCCGCACCUUUCUGCAGCCUGGACAUGCCUCCCAAGGAGAUCAUCAGCAAGGUCAAAGAGCCUCCUCCUUUGUGUCGGCCGGUGGUGUCACUGGACGAGGCCCCUUUGGAUGUCAUACAGGUUAUGAAGCAGGGCUGGAGCGAAGAGCCAGACAAGAGGCCAAGCUUCGAGGAGAUCUUCAAACAGUUCAAGAACAUCACUAAGGGAAAGAAGACCAACAUCAUCGACUCCAUGCUGCGGAUGUUGGAGCAGUACUCCUCCAACCUGGAGGAUCUGAUCAGAGAGAGGACGGAGGAGCUAGAGGUGGAGAGACAGAAGACUGACAACCUGGUGGCUCAAAUGCUGCCCAGGUCUGUGGCCCAGGCGCUGAAGACAGGCAAGCCCGUCAAACCCGAGCACUUCAGCGAGGUGACCCUGUACUUCAGCGACAUCGUGGGUUUCACCACCAUCUCAGCUCUCAGCGAUCCCAUCGAGGUGGUCGACUUACUCAAUGACCUCUACACAUGCUUUGAUGCCAUCAUCGGGCUGCAUGAUGUCUACAAGGUGGAAACUAUCGGCGAUGCCUACAUGGUGGCCUCAGGAGUCCCCAACAGGAACGGCAAACGUCACGCGGCGGAGAUGGCCAACAUGUCUCUGGACAUCCUCCACUGCAUUGGGACCUUCAAGAUGAGGCACAUGCCUGAGCUCAGAGUCAGGAUCCGUAUCGGCCUGCACUCAGGCCCGGUCGUAGCAGGAGUGGUGGGUCUCACGAUGCCCCGGUACUGCCUGUUUGGAGACACCGUCAACACAGCAUCUCGAAUGGAGUCCACAGGGUUGCCUUACAGGAUCCAUAUCAACCAAAGCACAGUCGAUGUCCUGAACAGCUUGAAUCUGGGAUACAAAAUUCAAACCCGAGGCAUGACGGAGUUAAAGGGAAAAGGUAUUGAGAACACAUACUGGUUGGUGGGGAGGGAAGAUUUCGACAAGCCUCUGCCCAUUCCUCCAGACACUCAAGGGGGAAGCAAUCAUGGUAUCGGUUUAGAUGAGAUACCUCCCGACAGAAGACAAAAAUUCCUGGAACGGCAGAAGAAGAUGGGUUAGCCUCAUCUUUUCCACUGAAGCCCCCAGUACUGGGAAGUGAUAUUCUCUAGAACAAUACUGUUUGUCAGUGAGAGAAAAAUCGCAGGGAGAUGUCUGAAUGAAAACUAAACAGUGCUGCGCUCUUAAAAUGACCCACAAUCAACUUUAAUUUCUGCUCUGACCAAUUCGUGAACCAGUGACAACGAAAUGAAUUUGUCAAACUCAUAUCUAGACUAAAAAAAGCUUUCCUGGAGAUGAUCGUUCUCUUUGUUUCUAGUCUUAGCACAUCAGUGCCAUGAUCAACUCUGGCUCCACACUGCAGAAAUGAGCCAAACAGACAGCUGUCCGUAUUUAUCCGGCACUUGUUUUUAUACAGGCAGAAUGUUUUUUAAUUUGCAGCUUCAGAAUGUGUUGGCGCCAAUCGCCGAACAAGCUGAUGGGUGUGUCUAGACAAAGGAACACAGUGUGACAUGCAAUACUGGUGUUCGCCAUGUCCUGUAUGUAUUUAUACUGAGCUCUGUGAUUUGUAGAGAGGUUGGAGAGAUUGUAUCAUGAACCGAUACAUGUGGAAGGUAUUACUGCUGGACUGUUCAUCUUGGGUAUAACAGAAGUGUGUGAGACAUUAGUCUUUUACAACAACAGAAUUAUUAUAUUUAAACGUCCUCGCUGUAAUUUAAGCAGGGAGACUGGAUAAGUUAGAGCUGAAGUCGAGGAGAGCUCUGAUUUUUGCUUUUGUUGUGCAUCAACUUGAUUAUUCAGUGAACAAAAUGAAGCUAUAAUAUCAAAAUAUAUCAAAGUAUCUUUUUUGUUUAUUUAAUAUUAGAUCAAACUAUUUUCAUACGUUUUUUGUUUACAGGGUCCCUUCAAAUAUGAAUCCAUUACUGUGGAUGUGUCUAUUUGACUGAUAGUUCUCAUUCAAUAUCAAUCUAGUUGUGUAUCGCAACACAAAAUGUGCUCUAAAAUUGACUUCACGUGACUUGUUCCAAUGGUAAUUACAAUAAUAUACAUAUCUUUAGGCAAAAACUUUUGUAAAUCAGCAAAUGUUGUAUGAAUGCAAAUGCUAGAUGACACACAAUUAUUGGAGAAUAUCGAUGGGACGUGGAUGAUAUUGUUCUUUAAAGGACUGACUUUUAAUAUCCAUUUGUGUAUAUUGUGUGUUUAAUGAUGUGUGUAUUGCUUAAAUAUGGGGAUGACAUUUUCCAUGCAGCAUGCAAACAGGAGCCAAACCAUUGCUCGCUGAAGUGAUGCAUGGUCAUUGCAUGUUUUGUUCAGUGUGCUGUAUGUUCUUCAUGGGACAGCAAUAGAAAGACAAACAGUGAUAGGCAGAAAAUCCACUCACUGGAAUGAUCCUUUCCAAUUAUGUGCUUCAGCAGAUUAAGCGUUUUCAUACAUGUCGCCCUCUUCUGAAGGAAAAAGUCUGUCUGUGUCUGGCUUUUUAAGGCAUUGUCUUCUGACCACUGCUGUUGCUUGGGAUCCGAGAACAAAUGUUCACUAAUUCCACCUCCCAUGCCCACCCCCAGGGGGGUCCUAGCUGAAGGAGGGUGGCAUGAAUCUAAAAAAAAGGGGGAAGGACAGAGUCUUCAGCGUCAUCCCUUUUUGGCCUGGGGAUGCGUACUGUAUAUACUGUACAUUUGUACAUAGUUUGUCUUUGAAUGCUACCGGGUUAUAGGGAACAAUUUAGUGUUGUCUUCUUUCCUGCUUGUGUUCCCUAAACCACCUGACACAAGAGGAGACAUCAGCCAAAGACAACAGGCACACGUUCAAAAGGGAACGAGCAAAGAAGCAACCACAUUGUUCACUCACUCACUGUGGGGCGGUUUGCUAACUGUCCGCUGCAGCACUGAUAUUGAAGCAAUAACAGGCGAGCGGUGUCAGCGUGUGAUUUUCCUCAGAAAACAGCUUUUAGUCCGCAGACGUUUUCUCCUCGGGAGCUAAGUGCUGACCACAUCCAACGUGUCACACUAGCUCAUAGACAAAAAGAAGAGAGGAAAAAGAGAGGAGGAGAAGGGAGGUCUGAUGAGUUGGUCAUCGGCCUGCUUCCUUGUGGUGGAGUCUUUCACUCCAUUAAGUGUUUAGCACCAACACUGGCUGUUCAUGCGUAAUUUAAACUCACAGAGGAAGAAGAGGAGAAAACGCAGGAUUCUGAGUCAGGGUGAAGAACACGGGAGACGCGGUCUGAAUGUUUCUUUGAUUUAAAGAACAAAAAUGAGUUAUUCUAGAAACACAUAGAUAGAAGCCACCUUUUUUUUUCUAGAUUUUUAAUCAAUUUGCCAAACAGAUAGAUUAACUCCAAAGUGAAAGGACUGUAUUGUUCAUUUUGAAAGUGAUUUCAAUGUGUUUCUGUAAAUAAACAAUGGUUUUAGUGAA